AUGCAUACUUUUGGUGCAUUUGAGGAGGAUGCCUUGCACUGUGUACAACGCGCGAACGCACGUGGGCAGCUGUGCUCCCUUGAGCACUUUGCGAGGCGGCACGGAGCUGCAUGUUACUCAACCCUUCGAGAGGCUCUCUACCCUGUCGCGGAGGCUGGCGCCGGAGAUGUGCUGGAGUUCUUUAUGAAAACACUCUGCCUGGAUGCCUUGUGGUACUGCAGCGACACGGGUGCCACUGUACUUCAUCACGCAGCCCGUGUGGGUCGCACGGAGUUGUUGAGCGGGGUUUUCCAACGACACAACGUCGCACAACAUGUGGAGGUUGCAGAUGACUUCGGGCGCAUCCCCCCGAUAUGGUGCGGCAAGCGGCGGCGCAACAUUGAGUUCUUGCAGCUGCUAUUGGAGUUAGGUUCGCAGGGACCCACCACCACGGACCAGGACGGCCGCAGUGUGGAGUCGUUUUCGCGACUGCACUACGCCCUAGCCUCGAAGCUACGAAGGUUUAUCACGCAGUGCAUUGCAUCCGCGCUGGAUCUGGAAUGA